AUGAAUAAAAUAUAUAUUAAGGUUGCUUUAGCACUUUUAGGUAUCGCAGGAUAUAUGCAAAAUGUAGCAUUUGCAAGCGAAACUGAUGAACAAAAUUGUGAGGAAGACUCCCCCAUCAUCAAUGAUCCAACACCAAUAUUUGAACAAUACGAAAAUGAGAUAAGUGAAGACAAAGUAGAAGCUUUAGCAGCAUUAAAGUAUGUGGGCCAAUCUUUAGAUCUUUUAGAAGAACUUUCUCGGGUUGAUGUACACGAUUACUCGACCGAUUCUACAAAAAGUGAACACAUAAUAUAUAAUAAGAAAAUUGGAAAUAUGGACAUUGGAAGACUUGAUUUUACCAUCCCAUCUGCCUCUAAAUACGUUCAUGUAGUAAGGCAUUACUGGGAUUUCAAAUAUGAAAAAAAACCAGAUAAGAAAAUUAUUAAUGCAAAAGUAGCUCGUUUAUACUGCAAAAAUCUGGUCGUAUUUGAAAAACAUAACCCAAAUCCUAAUUAUACACCCCCCAAAAAUAUAUAUAGUCUAUGCUCAAGACGUCCUUUUCCAACAAUAACUUCAAUUUUAGCUCCUUCAAGAGCUCUAAAGUAUGACGGUGAAAUCAAUAAAAAAACUAAAUUGGAAAACGUUUACAAAAAACAAAAACCUAUCGAAUUUGAUAUUAAUCCCGAGGAAGCAUUAGUCAAAUUGCGUGAUAAUCUAGCCGGAUUUGUAAUUAAAAAAGGUGGCCGUUUUGAUGAUAAAGUUUAUGUUACUUAUAUCAACGCUAUCUAUGAUAAUGACAAUUCUACCGAGUUUGCCGACAAUAAAAGACAAAGAGAUCAUGAAUAUACAAAAAUCCUAAACUUAGCACAACGCAUUAUAGAUGAUAAAUAUGAUUAUCGUCCACGUGCAGGUUUUCCAAGCCGUAACAUAUGUUGUGGAUCCAAAUGUUAA